AUGGGGGAGCUUCUCACCAACCAAACAGUCGUCUAUCUAUCAGAGCCAUACAAUGGCACACUGAUCAGCGACAACUGCUACAACGCAAUAAGCCCCGAAGUCCUAACCUCUAAUGGACUUGUGAACAGCUACAACUGCAUCAUGCUCUCAAUUAACGACCACCCAUAUCUGCGCCGACGGUACAUUCCAUCAAAGAACUACCAGCAACUCAAUCCCCACGCCAAGGAGGACCAGGUAUGGGUGGGCUUUAACAUGGACUGUGGCCUCUGA